AUGUCGCGGUUCGAGGGCCUGCUCGAGGAACUGGACGUCAAUGUCCAGAUGGGGUUCCACGAUACUACGGUGGGGUACAUUGACGAGGUGGCGCUGCACCUGGAGCUCCUGCCGGGCUACAAGAACAUCUGCGCCUUUGUCGAGUCGCGGAUCCUGAAGAACCAAAAGUUUAAGAUCAAGAUUGUGGCGUGUAUCCCGGCCAAGAACGGGUACCCGGUAGAGAUCAGGGACCCCAAGCACCCGCACUAUAUUGGCCAGCGACGGUUCAACACGGUGAUUGACCUGUACCCGUCACUAACACGGGACCCGUCGAUGUUGUUGUCGCUGAGCAAUCCGGGCCAGGACUUUACCACCAUUUCGUUUGACUUUUCAAUCACGGGGAGCAAGCAGGAACGCGGCCACGACUUGCGGUGGCCGGUCGUGUACACGAAUUCUAACAUGAACACAAACACAAAUGCAAACAAAAAACAGACGGGCGAGGCGAGCUACUCGCACGAAAACAUGACCCACGGCCUCUCGAGUAUGAUGCGGCUCAGACCGAGCGCGGCGGUGUACGAGUACAUGAGCGAGUCAGAGUACGAUCGCCUGAUUGAGAAACGGAGAAUCGAAAACUUUAGGCUGGAUAAUAAAAAAUAG